AAUGGCGUCACUUCUCAACGCGGAAAAAACAUACGCGGUUUUGAUUUCGUAUUGUCCUUCAAAAUGAUGUCAUUAGAGUGAAACGACGUUUAGGUCGAUAACGUAAUCAAGUUUGAAUCGACCAGGCGAGGGCAGAAGUGGGGGAAAAGUUUGUGUGAGAGGGAAAAGAAAGAAAGAUAUGUGUGAGAGACAAAUGGGCACCCGAGGUUCGAGCUCGUCGUCAUCCUUGGCCGCUGAGCACGCCCAGCCAUCAGAAAUAUCAAACGGAGAUGGCGACGACCCUGGGCCUUCUGCCAUUAAGUCAUGUCUGGCGCAUCACAGCAAAGAACAGCGGAAGGGGACUCGAGUCACGUUUCAGAACGGAGAACACACAGAGGAACCGGCCUCAGACAGCAGCCAUUGUCUGCGGCCGUUACUUGGGUACGACUGGAUAGCAGGUGUCCUUGAUGUGGAAAAGUCCCUGCAAGAACACUCUGAUGAUUUCUAUGAAGAACUGCAGGCUUUUCGAACGCAAAAUAAAAGCGAGUGCAUGCACCAUCCCCAAGCCAAAUUUUCCCCGGAUAGGCACUCUGUCCAGACGCUGUUUGCAGACAUCUGCAGUCCGGACGCUGACACAGAUACUCAUCAGUGCACCUUCUUGUACAGGCUGAACAGUAGACUGUUCCCUAUCCCCAUUCACCCCCAGGAGCGUUGUCCCGUGUGCAAAAUGCCAAAAUCCUCACACCCGCACACUAAAGACAAACCAGCUCUCGUCAGGGUCAGCAUCCCUCGCUCCACUCUCCUCCCCCCUUACGAGUACAAAGCGCAUCGCCGCAGCAGCUUCGACCCAGCUGACAGUUUGGGGUUACCCUCUCACUGCCUCUUGGGCUGGUCCCACACGGUUCGGAGCUACUUGCGCCCACCCAGCAACCUUGACCUCCAAAGUCACCUGGAAAAGAGCACUGAGCAACCAGAGGAUCAGGUGACCAGAAGCCUUCAAUCUGACCAAGCGCCAGUUCUCACUCCAUUGGCUCGCCACCACUUCCAGCACUUCUCACCCAAAAGAAAAAAAAAAAGACCCUCACCUUCAAGCAGCGGAUGACAGACCUUCAAAUGUAUUUUCCACCCAUCCUUUUUUUGUAGCGCUUGUCCUCAAUUAGGGUUGCAAGUGAGCCGAAGCCUUUCCCAGCUUACUUUUGCGUGAGGGGCAGGGUACCCCCAGGACUGGUUGCCAGCCAAUCACAGGACACUCAUGGAGAAACAACCAUUCACAAUCACGUUCACUUCUACGGACAAUUUAGAAUCUUCAAUGAACUCAACAUGCUUUUGGAAUGUGGGAGGAAGCCCAAGUAUCGAGAGAAAACCCAUGCAAUCACAGGGAGAACAUGAAACUCCACACGGGAGGGCUCGAGCCGAGAUCCGAACACAGAUCCUCUUGACUGUGAGGCAAACGUGUUAACUACUAAGACACCGUUCUGGCUCAAAAGUUGAUUUUAGAAGAAAUUAUAAAUGUUAUGUAUUCAUGUGUGUCAAGUCAUGUCAAAUAAACAUAGUGAUCAUUUUAGUGCAUGGUACACUUCGGCACAGGCACCAGCGCCAACGCAACUUGUGAGAUGUCCUGACUGGUCAACCAGUGUUCCAGACCCCUGAAGUAGAUAAUCGGGGGCACUGUGGCAGUAGCCCGUCUCGCCUGGAGUUUGCCCAGACUUUGUGGGGGGUGCAGACUGAUCCUUGGUAGUCAUACACACUUUUAAUGAGUCAUCUUUAGGAGAUUCACAGAAUUGGGAUCAGCCCGUGAUCUGAUUUUUCCACUUUGACCUCCGUAAUAUGGGACGAGCCCUGUCGGGAAUAGUGAAAAAACUAACAACAACCAAGUCACUGACACCCCCCAAAAAUUUGUAGAAUGAAUAGUUUAAACUGUAAAUGUAUCUCAAGCUGUCAUCCCAAAACAGUUCAAUAUCAUUCCAAACUCAUCUACAUUACCCUAAUAAAAAUGCUUUUGAGAUGUUUAAAUUUUGAAAAUAUACAGUGGGUACGGACAGUAUUUAGACCGACCUUAAAAUUUUCAUUUUUUUAUUAAUUUUUUGUUAUUUUGCAGCCAUUUGCUAAAAUCAUUUAAGUUAAAUUUGUUUCCACAAUGUUCACACAGCACCCCAUAGUGACAGAAAAAAAAACUGAAUUGUUGAAAGUUUUGCAGAUUUAUUAAAAAAGAAAAACUGAAAUAUCACACAGCCGUAAGUAUUCAGACCUCGUGCUCAGUAUUUAGUAGAAGCACCCUUUUGAGCUAAUACAGCCAAGAGUCUUUUUUGGGAAUGAUGCAAUGAGUUUUUCACACCUGAAUUUGGGGAUCAUCUGCCAUUCCUCCUUGCAGAUCCUCUCCAGUUCUGUCAGGUUGGAUGGUGAAUGUUGGUGGGCAGCCAUUUUCAAGUCUUUCCAGAGAUACUCAAUUGGGUUUAAGUCAGGGCUCUGGCUGGGUCAUUCAAAAACAGUCACAGAGUUGUUCUGAAGCCACUCCUUUGGUAUUUUAGCUGUGCUUAGGGUCCUUGUCUUUUUUUAAGGUGAACCUUUGGCCAAGUCUGAGGUUCUGAGCACUCUGGCGAAGGUUUUCAUCCAUGAUAUCCCUGUACUUGGCCGCAUUCAUCUUUUAUUCGAUUGGCAUCCAGUCUCCCUGUCCCUGCAGCUGAAAAACACCCCCACAGCAUGAUGCUGUCACCACCAUGCUUCACUGUUGGGACUGUAUUGGACCGGUGAUGAGCAGUGCCUAGUUUUCGCCACACAUGCCACUUAGUUACAACAAUUUCUAUCUCGGUCUCAUCAGACCAGAGAAUCUUAUUUCUUACCAUCUUGGAGUCCUUCAGGUGCUUUUUUAGCAAACUCCAUGCGGGCUUUCAUGUGUCUUGCACU